AUGUUAUACCAUCUACGGACUUCCCCAUUUCAUCUAUCUAUCUAUCUAUCUAUCUAUCUAUCUGACUCUCAGUUCAUAUCUACCUAUCUAUCUAUCUCUUCUGCUAAUAUUUAUCUAUCUAGUCUCUUCAUAUCUAUCUAUCUAUCUAUCUAUCUAUCUCAGUCUCUUCAUAUCUAUCUAUCUAUCUAUCUAUCUAUCUAUCUAUCUAUCUAUCUACAUCGGCCGCAUCUCAUAACUAUCUAUCUAUCUAUCUAUCUAUCUAUCUAUCAGUCUGCUAAUAUUUAUCUAUCUAGUCUCUUCAUAUCUAUCUCAGUCUUUUUAUAUCUAUCUAUCUAUCUAUCUAUCUAUCUAUCUAUCUCAGUCUCUUCAUAUCUAUCUAUCUAUCUAUGUAUCUAUCUAUCUAUCUAUCUGUCUGCUCAUAUUUAUCUAUCUAGUCUCUUCAUAUCUAUCUAUCUAUCUAUCUAUCAGUCUGCUAAUAUUUAUCUCUCUAGUCUCUUCAUAUCUAUCUCAGUCUUUUUCUAUCUAUCUAUCUAUCUAUCUAUCUAUCUAUCUAUCUAUCUCAGUCUCUUCAUACCUGAUCAUAUCUAUCUAUCUAUCUAUCUAUCUAUCUAUCUAUCUAUCUAUCACUCUGCUUAUAUUUAUCUAUCUAGUCUCUUCAUAUCUAUCUAUCUCUCAUUUUUUUUUUAUAUCUAUCUAUCUAUCUAUCUAUCUAUCUAUCAGUCUGCUAAUAUCUAUCUAUCUAUCUAUCUAUCUAUCUAUCUAUCUAUCUAUCUAUCUAUCUCAGUCUUUUUAUUUCUAUCUAUCUCAGUCGCAUCAUAUCUGAUCAUAUCUAUCUAUCUAUCUUGA